AGGGGCGGGCGGGCGGCGCUCGCGGUCUGGCGGGGUCGGGAAUGGCGGCGGCCGCGUUCGAGCGGCGCGUGCUGCGGAGCGCGGCCGAGCAUCACUAUCUGCGCGUGCGCCUGGAGCUGCCCGACGGCGGGGCCCGGCCGAACGCCGCGCAGUUCAAGCAGCUCGUGGUGACGGCGCUGAGGGAGCUGCACGGAGAGGUUGGAGCAGCUUUGCCUGUUGACGUCUUAACAUACGAGGAAAAAACUCUGUCUGCCAUAUUAAGAGUCAUUAGCAGUGGCCUUGUCAAGCUGUGGAGUGCUCUCACCUUGCUGGGCUUCUACCAGAACAGGAGGUGUGCCUUCCGGGUGCUGCAGACAUCUCCGUUUCUGCUUGCGUUAUCCGGCAACAGUAGAGAAUUAGUCUUGGACUGAAGGCAACUGAUGGUUCAGCUGCAUGCAGGAGAAGUUCCUGGAAAUGUUGUGGCCCUUCAGGUGUGGAAUUUCUGGAGGGAUUUUCCAACAAAGAGCCUUGACAAAGCCAAUGUUUAUCAACUCACUGCUUGGACAUCCUGCAUUUCAGAACUUACACGUAAAAGUUGGAGACAAAGCUGAACUUAGCAAGGCUUUUACACAGAAUGAUGUAGUUACCUUUUCUUAUUUGACAGGUGACACAAAUCCUUUGCAUCUAAAUGAAGAGUUUGCAAAGAAGUCUAGGUUUGGGAGAACCGUUGUCCAUGGAGUUCUGAUCAAUGGACUUAUUUCUGCAGUUCUGGGCACCAAAAUGCCUGGUCAAGGAUGUAUAUUUCUCUCCCAGGAGAUUCGUUUUCCAGCUCCUUUGUAUGUUGGUGAAGAAGUCACAGCUGCAGCAGAAGUGCAACGACUGAAGGGUUCUGUUGCACACAUUUCUGUAUCGUGUCAGGUCAGAGAAAGUGGGAAGACUGUUAUGGAAGGGAUGGUGAAAGUCAUGGUGCCAGAGAGUUAGAGCUGUUCAUCAUGUGCAACUUCAGCAUAAAGGCCAGAACCAAUGUACACUUAGUUUUGAGUCUCUUUUUAUGUGAAAUCACAAAACCAGUAAAUUUGCAACAAAAGCCUUUCAAAAUGUCUGAAAGUGCACAAACUUAACCUUACUAGAACUGCAUUGAAAUUAGAGCUUUUCCUUUUUUCACCAUGGUGGGUUUCUCUGCCAAGGUGAACCAGGCACUUGCUGUGACAAAGUGGCACAUUCAGAGAAGCCUUUUUGCUGCCACAGUGGGAAGUUUGGACUGGUGGGGCUCACACUGAGGCUGUUCUUCCUGGUAAAAUUGCAGUCCACACCAGCAAAGUUCAGUUAAAACUUGUUCCUUCUGUACAAAGCAGCUGUACUGCCAACAAGCACUGGGGAGGGGACAGUGCUGUGUUCAAAAGAAACAGAAGUGGAGGUGCUGACACUCAUGUACUGCAAGAUGUGUUGUAAUCUGCAUAGCAGCUCCAGCUGGUGCUUCUUCUGAAACGUGCCUCCCAGAAAGAGAGUGAAGAAGGCUUUAAAAAAAUGUAUUGUCACAACUUGUACUGACUGUAUUUGUGCUCCUGAGGGCAAGGCAAACAAGGGCAGAUGAUUUGAGUA